UCCGACUCUGUCUCCAACAACUUCCUUCUCUCCCACUACUAACCGAGUCACCAUGGCCAAGCAUAAGAAGAAGAGCAACAACGAGAACAAAGGAGAUGGUGGCGGCGAUAAGAAAACGGCGUCUAUAACCGUCGUUUUGAAGGUCGAUAUGCAUUGCGACGGCUGCGCUUCCAAAAUCGUCAAAUGCGCACGUGCUUUCAAAGGCGUUGACACGGUGAAAUCGGAGUCAGGUACUGGGAAGCUAACGGUGACCGGAGAAGUAGAUCCGGCGAAACUCCGGGAGACACUCGCAGAGAAGACAAAGAAGAAAGUCGACUUGGUUUCUCCUCAGCCCAAAAAGGACAAUAAGAACAAAAGCGAUGAAGACAAAAACAAAGAAAAGAAAUCAUCUGAGGAGAAGAAACCCAAAGAGGCUCCGGUGAUAACGGCGGUGUUGAAGCUGAACUUCCAUUGUCAAGGUUGUAUCGCUAACAUCCAGAAGACUGUCACUAAAACCAAAGGUGUGAAUGGGAUGACAAUGGACAAAGAGAAGCAGUUGGUGACGGUUAAAGGAACAAUGGAUGUGAAAAAGCUCGUGGAGAGUUUGUCGGAUAAGCUGAAACGUCCGGUGGAGAUUGUGCCGCCGAAGAAGGAUAAAGACAAAGAGAACGAGUCUGGCGACAAGAAGAAAGGCGGCGGGGGAAAGGAUAACAAAGGCGGCGAGGGGGUGAACAUGAUGGAGUACGUGGCGGCUCAGCCUUAUUACGAGUUAGCGUAUUACCCGGGUGGGCCAUAUGGGUAUUAUCCGGUUCAGGCCCACGCGCCUCAGAUGUUCAGUGAUGAGAAUCCGAAUGCUUGCGUCGUUCUGUGAGGCGGCGGAUGAAAAUAUUGGAGAGUGGUGGGGAGUUGUAAAUAUGCUUAUAAUCUUUGGGGUAGUUUCGAGAAAGUCGAGUUACUUUAGUUUGUAAACUUUUUGGGGUUUUUAAUUUCUACUAUUCAGUUCUCAAAACUUCCUUUUC